CUUUACUUUCUCUCUCUCUCCAUUUUAUUUAAUUCAAUAACAAUUCUCUUAAUUAAUUUAUGUUUCUGUUAAUUUACUUUUGAUUAGUUUAUUAUAUUUUCUAUCAAUCUCAUCAAUUAUCAUCACAACAUCAAUUAGAAUCAUGGCUAUGUCUUAUUUGGAACAAUUUUUAGAAAUUUCUCGAAUAUACACCCACAUAAUUGGUAAAACAGGUCUGGAUGCCUUACCCGCUGAUCUACAAAGGAACUUCACUCUUAUGCGAGAUUUGGACUUGCGAACUCAAGAAUUGAUCAAAAGAAUUAAUAACGUUUCAGAAAGUUACCUUAACAGUGUAAAUGAUCUUAACAAUCGAGAAAAAGGUGAAACUUUCAAAGAGAUCCGAUGUAAAUUUGAAGAGGCAAGAUCAUUGAGCGAUGAUAAAGUCCAAUUAGCUAUGCAAACCUAUGAAAUGAUCGAUAAACACAUAAGAAGACUGGAUUCAGAACUAUUGAAAUUAGAAGCUGAAUUGAAAGAGAAAAUCUUGUUUAAAUCCACUGGUGGAUCUAUUGAGAAUGGUAAAAAACGAGGACGUAAAGAGUUUGCCAAAGGAAAGAAUAAAACUUCCGCAUUGGGUAAGAAAAAUAUUAACAAAAAUGACCUGGAAAAAGGAGGUGGCCGAAAGAAACAGAAAUUCUCAGAAGAUCCAGUUACAACUUUAAGUGUUCUCGGUGCAGAAACAUCUCUUUUAGCCUCGAUCACCGGAAGUACUGAUGUUCUUGAUAUGCCAGUCGAUCCAAAUGAGCCAACUUAUUGUAUCUGUCACCAAGUUUCCUAUGGAGAGAUGAUCGGAUGUGACAAUCCUGAUUGUCCAAUUGAAUGGUUUCACUUUACUUGUGUUAACCUAAUAAACAAACCUAAAGGAAAAUGGUUCUGUCCAAAGUGUACAUCAGAACGGAAGAAAAGAUAACCUGUUGCAUAAUUAUCGCUAGGAAACACUUAUUGAAGGUCAUACUUUUCAUCGGUCAUUUUUUGGACGAUCAUGUAAAUAUAACGUGAAAAGUUACCGUUUUUAUCAACAUCUUUUGAUGAUCAUCAUAUUUACAUCUUGAAUUAACAUCAUUUGUCACACGCACAUAAAAGACCAACAACAACCAUUCAUCUUUUCCUCAUCUUCUGCAUCUUGUUGUAUUUUCCAUCAACGUCAUCACAUCUACGCUGCAUCCAUAAUGUUAAUCUGUCUUUUCCAUCUCUUAUUUUGUGCAAAUCAAGCAAACGAAUCAUUGGUUUUAUUCUUAACACCAAAAUCCAUCCACUAGGCAGAGCCCAUUGAUGCCGAUCAACACCAUAAAGAACAUCAAUCAUGAUUCAUCCCCCUUUUUUAACCCUUUUUGGAUGUUUACCUUUUCAUUUCUCUUUCAUUCGCAUUUUAUUUACAUCGUUUUUCAGUUCAUUUCUUUUUUUGCUUUCUCUUUCUUUCUAAGUCACACCAAUGACAAAAUAACAACUAUAAACAAAAAUUCACCAUAUAAAAUGUACUGUUACUGUUGAAAAAUAGCAAAUAUUAUCAACAAAAACACUACAAUAAUUGUUAUCAAUUCUCGUUAGAUGAGUUCUGUCAUCUGGAAGCCUUGUAAACAAAUGAAUCUAAAUAUGUAAAAAUGCAUUUAGCAAAUUAAAUGACUCAUUUCACAACAAAAA